CCGGUGUCAUGGCUGACCCUUAUCCUGAGUGCGAGCUGGCUGCGGUCGGUGAGAAGAGGCAGCAGUUUGGGAGCAGAUUUCUGAGCGAUCCGGCGCGCGUCUUCCACCAUAAUGCCUGGGACAAUGUGGAGUGGUCGGAAGAGCAGGCCGCCGCGGCGGAGAGGAAAGUCCGGGAGAACAGUACCCAGCGGGUGUGCCAGGAGAAGCAAGUUGAUUAUGAGGUCAAUGCCCACAAAUAUUGGAAUGAAUUCUACAAAAUCCACGAAAAUGGAUUUUUCAAAGAUAGACAUUGGCUUUUCACUGAAUUCCCAGAGUUGGCACCCAGCCAAAACCAAAAUCACUUGAAUGAUUUGCUCCCAGAGAACAAGAGGAGUAAAGUACCUGAAUGUAGAAGCAAUGAGGAUGGACCUGGCUUACAAAUAGAAGAACACAAGUGUUCUUCGAAUAGCCUUGGACAUAAAAUGCAGAUGCCUCCUGUGGAAGAAAACGUAACUCAGAAACUCAGUCACCUGGAAAUCUGUGUGGAUGAGUUCCCUGGGUCCUCAGCUACCUACAGAAUACUUGAGGUUGGUUGUGGUGUGGGAAACACAGUCUUUCCGAUUUUACAAACUAACAAUGACCCAGGACUCUUUGUUUACUGUUGUGAUUUUUCUUCCACGGCUGUGGAACUGGUCCAGACAAAUUCAGCAUAUGAUCCUUGUCGGUGCUUUGCCUUUGUUCACGAUCUAUGUGACGAAGAUAAGAGUUACCCAGUGCCCAGGGAUAGCCUUGAUAUCAUCAUCCUUAUAUUUGUUCUUUCAGCGGUUGUUCCAGACAAGAUGCAGAAGGCUAUCAACAGGCUGAGCAGACUUCUGAAACCAGGAGGGUUGAUGCUUCUGCGAGAUUAUGGCCGCUAUGACAUGGCUCAGCUUCGGUUUAAAAAAGGCUUCAUCCUCGGAGCAAGCUUGGGAGGAGAACAGGUGUUAGCUGUCAGCUUGAUAUAUGAGGAAAUUGAAGUAACUUUCCUAAAGUCUUCGGCUAAUAAAUGUUAAAGCAGAGCCUAAAACUGGAAGCCUCACCAAGAUACCUGCAAACCCCUGAGAACAAGACUUGGAAGACUCAACAAGUGUAGGAUGAGAUCAGCCACCUACAAAGAAGCAGGGUUGGCUAAAAAUGGGCGAUCCAAAUGUCUAAGAAAAUGUAAGCCUCUACAUUGCUUGUGGUUUCAGAAGAGCUGUCAUCUGCCCACCCAGCAUCUAAGAGAGGAGUCUAAAAAGAAGGGCUCUGGUGUAAUUCCACAACAGGGACAGACCAACACCCUGGCUUUUUAGAAGACAGUGUCCUGUUUCGAGGAAUUGGAAACAGCAGCUGAACGUAGCUUGACACAGUGGAGCCAGUAAGAUUAGCCCAGUCAUCCCCCUGGCCUGCGGAGGAACCUCCUGGUGUGGUUUGCCUUCCUGAGUAGCUUUUCUGUGAGCAGAGUCAGCUGGUCAAAUGUCGCUGCUUGGCAGUCUUGUUCUUUUAAAGGGAGUGAGUUGACAUCAUGGGUGUGUACCAUUCUCUCAGCAUUUUCAUUACAUUCUUCCUGAGUUAGAUUAAAUCCGAAGCAAGGGACCUGAAGAACUGAGAACCGGGUUCUGAGUGAUGUGACUUCGAUAAGAGUCUUACCUAAAUAACCAAACAACUGCCCAUGCGUGGUAAGCCGUCACAGGAAGUGCAAAGCAGCUGCCAGCUAGGGAAGGCAGGGAAUGCAAUAAAUAUGGGGUCAUGAAACGAGACCCCAGAAGGGGGUGGAGGAAAGUUAGAGUUAACUGAACCAAACUAGAAAAGUAGGUGGAACCUGGGACAGGCCAGGAGGGGCAGAAGGGAGCCCUUGCCCCCACCCCAUACAGUGGAGACCCCAGUGCAGCAGGGGGGCCAACUGCACUGGCUUUGGAGAAUCCGGGCCCCCUGCCUCUGAGCUGGCUGGGGACCUCAUACCUCUUCUGCACUUUCUCCUCCUCAUCUGUACGGUGGGCCUCCCUCAAGGUGGAAGGGAUUAAAUGUGAUAAUGAACAUGCUCUCAUUCUAGUGCCUGCCCUAUAAAUGCUCAAUAAGUGCUUUUUGUCAUAAUCCCUAUCCUUUGGGAUUAGACAUUAAACACAGACUCAAAACUGUUUAAACACACUACAGCAUUAAGUACCCUGCUGCACCAGAACCUUGCUGCAAUUGUGGUCUGCCUGUAUGCUCUGCUCUAUGGCUGGCACCGUUCUCACUAGCACCAGAGAGCCCAGAAACAAAGUUGGCCUGCAAGUUCUGGGCCCGGGGCAUUUUCAUUUACUGUUUCCUCUUCCUGGAAGGCUCUUGCCCUAGACAGUGACAGGGUUUGCACGUUCAUUUCAUUUAGGCAUCUGCUCAGAUGGCACAUUAUCAGAGAAAAGCUGUGCUUGACCUACCUCUCUAUAGAAAGUAGCAUCUCUACUGCCACCAGGGCCUAGUGCUCUAUUCAUGUUUCCUGCCUGCUUUCUCCCCACACACUCAUUACCCUUGACAUUCAAUCACGAGUUUAUUGUUUCUCCAAGUGGCAUGCACAUGAGAGCAAGCAUUUGAUUUGGGGCUGUGCUCUUCUUUUUAACAUGCCCUCCUCACUUCCUUCUACUCAAAAGCCUAGAAUGGUUGUCCCGUGAAAGAGGUAGGAGGCUCUUCUCAUUCUAUCACCUAAAGGCAGAUACUUGCCAGUUCCAUAUUGUUAUCAUGUAUACACAGAAGAUAGGACACACUUCAUGUGAUGUAAAAAUCUGUGGCCAUGCCAGUUAGGUAGCUGAUGGACAGCAUUCCGAGGAGAAGGAUGGUAAGUGCAAAGGCUCUGAGGUGGGAGCAGACAGCAAGGCUGGAGUAGAGGAGCUGGGGGCUGAAGUAGAAGUUAAUUCCAAGGUUUCUGGUCUAGAUGGUGAAAGAAUAGAAUUGAUGUUUGCUAAAAUGAGUCAGCUCGGGGGAAGAGCAGGUUUUGGGUAUGUGAAGUUUUCAGAUGCUUGCAGUUUGAAAGUAUCUGCCACAAAUCCAGUGGCAUACCAAGUGCUUUACAUACAUUAUGCCCAUUGCACAGGUAGGAAAAUUGAGGCACCAGAACUUGCAUCUCAGAACAUGUAUAUAGAAGGGCUAGGCUUUGAACCCUGGCUGUCCUCCAAAGGCCUGUCACUCUGAGAAGUGCUGGUCAUUAAAGGAAGAGCUAAGAGAGGAGACUUGCCUCAUUUUGGAAAAAUCAAUAAUAAUUUGGGUAUGGUGAACUCACAAAGGUCUUUCUGGAUCUGGAAUGGUAACUUUAUGGAAAUUAAAAGGGAGCCUGAUAUCACAGGACUUUUGGGCCUGCAAUCCCUUUGGCCUCAGCAAGGUUGCUGGCAAAUCCAUUUCCACGUCCAUCAGGCCAUCAUCACAUGAUGCCAAAACAAUGGAAUGAAAUGUGGAAAAUCUGUUUGAGGUUAUUAUCCUGGGUUAUACUCCAAGUUUUCAUAUUUUCUAAGAUUUGCAUACUUAGAAAUCAUUCACAAAAAUUAGCAUAAAACAGACAAACCUUUCAAGGCCUUGAUACGCAGUAUGGUCUGCAGACCAGCAGCAAGAGCAUCACCUGGGAGCUGCCGGAAAUGCAGAGCCUCAGGUUCCAUUCCAGACUUUUCUUUUUUUUUUUU